GCUAAACUACCUGACUGAUGCAGACUGGUGCAAUAAGUUCGAGUGAAACAAAAUAUAUUUGUCUCACUCUGACUUUCGCACUAGUGUGCACUAGUUCAGACUAGUUCAGACAGUUCAGCUAAAAAGAACGGUUCUCUUGAAUUUCGUGAAGCCUGGAGCUACGCAAAUCCGGAGCACUAGUGUCGAAAAAGAUGGCCGUGGUACAUUUGACAGUUGACGACGUACUGAUCUUCUUGUUAUAAUAGCGUUCAUUGCCAUUGUGCGUCACGUAUGGUACGUGCGAGUGCACGAACGGCGCAGAAAAGAAGCAGAAGGGAGGAAUCGCUGGAAGGAGCACGCCUGGGAAGGUGGAAUUGCGUCUCGGAGUCUGCGACGAGUGGUUCUUCUCGACGACGUACAGUGCGCUACGUCGCGAAUAAAGACGACGUCGCAGUCGUGACACCUAGAGUACCGUCGCGAGCGUGCAAGUGAUCCGGAUCCCUUACAGGGCCGAGCGAGGCCGUACAAUCGGAAAAAUUGCGUACAUCUCACGCGAGGACAUGCCGGACAGCGGCGCCGUUUACCAACCGACCACAGUCGGUUACACGUACGACAGCGGGGGUGACGGCACCGGAGGUGGCGGCGGUGGUUUGAGACACGGUUUCUGGAGGAUCAUGUCGAGGCACAAGCUUAGCUCCCGCAAAUGGCUCGAAUGGGUGCUGCUGUCGGUUGGAUUGUGCUUCUUCGUUGGUGGUCUCGCGACGAUUCUUGUCAGCUUCGUCUGCACUCCAUCACGAACGAACGUGCCAGAGGCCAAACAAGAAGACCAUACUACGGUAGCUACAGAUAUAACGCAGCACGUAGAAAAUACAGAAGAUGGUUCCGUGGCACUGGGUGCCGGCAUGAUGAUAGUCGGUGUAUUGCUCGGUUUAGCGUGGGCGUGGCUGUACUUCUUCCGCCGUAACAAAUCACCCAGGAACGGCAUGACCGGCAGUAGUGGCCAGAUGUUGGGCGGUUUGAAUCCAUCGACUGACUUGCUGGUGGGUUCCACUUCGCAGUACGGGCCAGUACUUACGGAGGUACCGAGCCAGCUGAAGAUGAAGCAAGCGGGCGAUACGCCGGCCUUGCCGCUUUCCGAUCAAGAGGAGGAAACGCACACGCUAAUGCAGGACUCCGCAAGCCCGCCGGUCGUUUCCGUCGGAUCCGGCGUCAUCGCUAAUCAGAUCCCAGGUUGAGUACGCUCGAUCGCUUUAUGCGCGCGCGCACGCUCGUUCGUAACGCGUGUAACGGACGAGAGAGAAAGAGAGAGUGAGAAGAUUGCUUUUGUUUUUAUAAAUCUUAUAUACGCGUUCACUGCGAAAAGAACUUAUCGUGACUUUCGACGAUCUUCGUGGAUCUUGUCUCGUUUUAUUUCCGGGGACGCUGUCCCUUUUUUGACUUUCUUUUCUCGUCAAAGUCGCCUUAACGACGGCUUUGUCGAUUAAUCGACUUUGCCAUUCAACAGUACUGCUUUGUUGUUGUUCUCUCCCGUGUUUCUGUACGGUUUGUCUGACUUUCGUGGCAUAGAUAUUCUUACUUUAAUAUGCACAAACGCGAUUUAAGAGAUCUCAUUUAUAUGUAUAGGUACAUUUUUAGACGCGUUGGUACUUAUCCCUUUGUUCUCUACCUAUCGCAUUCCUCCACUCCGUCCAUUGUCAUUGUUAAUAUGUUAGGUGCGAGCAUUGGAUCCAGAUAGAAAGAGACGCACUUUACAGAUUGUAUUCUUAAGACAGUUGCGUUACGACCGAUAUCAAUCUAUGGUGAUGAGUUUUAUAAUGAUCUUUUAUAUAUAUCGGCAGCGAAACACUUAUUGCGAGGUAUUCCUUGACUUAUAUUUAUAUCAUUGAAGGAUCGUAGUCGUUGCUACAUACAUCUCGGACGAAUCUACACGAGCACAUCGUCCCAGAUCGUCUUGUCCUAAUUGUGCAGUAAACGUGCUCUCAUGAUAUUUAUGUAUUCUUACGUACGUACCUUUUAAGUAUCAGAUCUAAAUUAAUAUCACGUGGUAGGCUGUAGUCAUCGUUGACUAUGCAUGUAUAUUGUAAAUUGACGACCGCACAUUGGAGGAUGUACAUCAAUUCAGUCAAUAAUUGUCACUGUAUUAGUACAUGAACGAUUAUAUGUAUAUAUUAGAAUAAUGCGCGUGUGUGUAAGGCAUAAGACGAAGUAAUUGUAACUUGAAAGGCGAGUUUUGAAAUGUUUCUGGGCGUGUUUCCUCGGUCAUAUCACCACAGUGCACAAUUAUCAUAUUGUUCCGGUUUCUUUUUAAAUUUUCACUUAAUAUCUCUGAUACUACUAUAUAAUUGUAAUUUUAUAUUGCACAUGAUUUUCUUACAAACUGAUCUUCUGCAAUGAAUACAUUUUCGCUUCAAUGACACACUUAUCGAAUAAUUUCUAUGAUUUUACAUAAUUAAUUUAGCCCUGGACUCAUAUGUAAGCGUAAUGUAAAUGUAGAAUCUAUCCUAGUAGAGUACUUAACGGUAUAUUAGAUGCUUCGGGGCAAAAUAUAUAAAAUUUUGUAAAACACCAAUUCGAGCUAAUUUUUAUACAUUUAUUGUCUUUGCUAAAGCUAUGUGUUCAGUUUUACGAUAUGUGAUAACGAUUUUUGAGGAACCAUCGAAGGACGGCCUGAAAAUUCAUCUGAAUUCAAUGCUACUGUAGAUUCAAUGCACAUGUAUAACAUCACCAAUUUUUAACAUUUGUGAGAUCCCUAUUUUACGUUCGUUAUUGAACUGUAUACUAAUUUAUGUAAAUGUUCUGGGAUAUGUAAGACAAAUAAACAUACGAUACAAUCUGUGA